GACCGAGGGUCUCCUUUGUGCGCAUGCGCGUUCGACAGCGCUCUCGACGCUUAUUAAUUUUUAAUGGAAAAUGGCUGCUUUUCUCAUCUAAAGCUGCGGAGCCAGAAGAUAAAAUUUAUAUUUGUGUAUUUUUGAAGCUAUAUUUCAUAUUUUGGCGUUUGAAAACACGGCCGUGGGAUGCGGUGACGCCCCCCCCCCCUCCGUUCGAGAGGCAAGAAAGAAGAAAGCGGUGUCGUGAAGGGGCAAAAAUGAACCCUUUUGCGCUCUAAGGGAUGAAAAAUCUUUUUAUUUUUUCCCCUCCUUAACUCCUUCCGCGCCGAGGCCAGACAAACGUUGCAGCAAGUUUUAAGCAGUUCUAGAUGAGAGAGGAGCAUUUCAAAGUCUCUUUGCACCAGUGCAUCAAAGGCGUCGUGAUCACAGCGUCUUCCUGAGUGUCUUUCUGCCGGCCGAUAGUGUAGUACAUAUGUGCAAAUUGCAGAGGAUGAGGAGUGAACCAACGUCCAUAAUCGUAUUAAGCCACAAAACAGCAUUGAAAUCAUUGCACUCGAGUCAUCCAAGGCGACAUUGCUAUCCCGCCCCCAACGCAGAAGAUGAUGCGCCAGGUGACGAGCGGCGACUUCUGCAUGAGCGCCCGGCCGUCGUGCCUGGCCGAGGACACCCGCCACCCCGCCGCACACUUUGACCUGUGCUCCACGCAGCCCAACAAGUUCUACACGCCUCCUCCACCGCCUUCAUCCGUCCAAAUGACUCUUGGCCCAAUGGCGUCGCCUGUCGGCUCUGGGCUUAAGCCUAUGGCGUGCCCCCGACAAGACGUCCUGGGGCCCGCCAAGCUCCCUGACGGCAAAAGCGGCGACCCGGCGGCGGAAGACGGCAGUAAGAAAAAGAGCAAAGGCGCCGGCAAGACGGGGCGGCGCGGACGCCCGCUGGGCACCACCAAGCUGGCCGGCUACCGGACCAGCACCGGGCGCCCGUUGGGCACCACUCGCGCCGCCGGCUUCAAAACCAGUCCCGGGAGGCCACUGGGCACCACCCGGGCGGCGGGCUACAAGGUGAGCCCCGGGCGGCCACCCGGCAGCAUCAAGGGCCUCUCCCGACUCAACAAACUGCCAUUCGGCGGGUCCUGCAGCGGGGCCGCCUUCCCGUACCCACUCGCGCACAAGGAGAUCCUCUGCGAAGCCUCCUGCAAGGACAAGACCGAUGCCGAGUGAGGUAUCGUUCAACCCGAUGCCGUUGGAAUUUUGGAUUCUUUUCUACGAUCUCACUAACAACAUUUCGACGCGCUCCAGAAGGAGACCUUUGUGCGACCGCACGUCCUGUGAAGGCAUCGCAAAUGUUGCCUCCAGCAAUUUAGAACCCUCGAACAGCAAUUUUGAAAAAGGGGAAUCCAUCAUUCCGGACAUGGAUCCAGUUUGCAUGCAAGUUGGACAUCACAUGGACGUGGCUUCAUUAUUAUUUUUUUUGGACUGUUCCAGUGCGAGUGUGUGUUUGUGUAAUGACACAGAGUUUCGCCGUCAAUUUGUAUCCACUGAUUUUUCUUUUCAUCCAAUCCAGUUUUUGUGAUCGGGCCAAACCAAUGUCUACACCAAACUACACUACCAUGGCCACCCCCUGCAAUAAAAGUUUUUACUUUUUUAAUUUAGGAAUUGCUUAGUCAGAAGCAAUGUACAUUAUUUUAUGGAUAUUUAUUGUUUCUAAUGUUCGUUUUAUUGUUUCACCUUUUUCAAUUUUUGCAUUAUUGUCGAUACAGUAUUUACAACUUUUUUUACUCUUUCUUCGUAGAACGCACUGCCGACUUUCUAAAAGAAGUGCAAAACUCGCCCGUUUGGCCCUUUUUGUGCUGCUAAGCACUCCAAAAAUGUUCCCUUUGGUGCAAUAAUCAUGUUCCAUGUCUUGUAGCGUCCCAACUUUCAUACUCAACAAUGUUUUAGCUAAUCUUUUGAUUAAAAAAAAAAAAAAUGCGCGUGGCUCACCCGGACCAAAGAAUAGCAACGAUGUCAUUCAUUUCAGUAUGAAAGUUUUUUUUUGUCAAAAAAAGAAAACAAAAGAAAAAACAACUUUCAUUUGGCUCAGAGCGACUGAAUGAGGUGCCUGUAAAACACACUGUAAAUGUUCCUCACAUUAGAUUAGUCUUUCUUUUUUUUCCUAAAUGAAUAUAUGUAAUAUUUCCGUAGACACCAUUUUGAGGCUGCGGACAUUCAACAAGUGUCAGGUUGAAUUCACAAAUUCAAUCAAGUGCAUCUCAAUAAAUUUGAAUUUGGUAGUUUGAAAAAAGUCCCAUUUCUACCCAAUUUCUUUAUCUAAAAUAAUUUCAAGCAUUGAAAUGUUGGUUGCUCAUUCACUCCCCUUUGCACUUUUAGGCUGGCGGUCGAAGAGCCCAAUGCACACCCUCGCUCAUUUCAGACACUAUAUAUUAUUUCCCAUUCCUUCAUAUUUGUUUGGUUAAUUGUGUGUAUUCUGUUUUAAUAAGUUAAAAUGUGAUGCAGGCGUAAAAGUAGAAAAAGUUUUUUUACAUGGUGUCUAUAUUACGAUUAUUCACAUAUUGUGGCAGAUCUCCCGUGAUAUUCUAAUUUAUUAAGAUGCACCUGUAUAUACUGUAAUAAUAAACAUUUGUUAUGUUAUCAUUUGUUGGUCAGAGGACUUUAAUUACUAAAGGUUGUCCAGAUGCACUGUGAGCAAACUUUCUUUUCAAGGCUUUGGAAUGUAUUUAUGUCCGAGAGAAAUGAAGAGUGCAAGAAAUUGGUCAUCAGGGAUGUGGUUUUGUGCAGGAAAUGUCGGGGAAAGUGCACAUAGAUGGACUGAAGUCAUUUCUUCCUGCUGUCGUCACCAGUAUGACGUCACGACGCGUAAAUCAUGUGUUGACGUGUGAACGGUGACACGUGAAAACAAACUAAAACAACUUUUUCAUCCCCCUGUGUAUACACUUGUUCAUAUUACUUCUGCAUGCUUGUUGUGGAAUGUCCAACAGUUGUGUAAUAAAGACAGAAGUGAAACUUG